CUCUCCCGUUUCAUUGCAGCGGGUCGCUUUCUCUGUUCCAUUCCUUUUCCAAUCUCGUCCUCCUCUUCCCCGCCGGCGAGGCUCCGAUAGACGCUGAUUCUGUCGGCCGUUGGCCAGACAUAGCACGGAAUUGCAGAAUAUUCCAUCCGGAUGGGGAGGGUCGAGUUGGGGGUGGCCGUUGGGUGCGCCGUUGUGACUUGUGCGAUCGCGGCGGCGCUGGUGGGACGGAGGGUGAGGAGUUGGUGGCGUUGGGGGAAGGCGGUGGCGAUGGUGGAGGGAUUCGAGGAGGGUUGCGCCACCCCGGUCGGUAGGCUGCGACAGUUGGUGGACGGCAUGGUCGUGGAGAUGUACGCGGGGCUGGCCACUAACGGGGGAAGCAAGCUCAAGAUGCUACCCACCUUCGUCGAUGUCCUCCCCGAUGGAACUGAAGAUGGAAUAUACUAUACUCUUCAUUUAGAUGCAACGAGUUGCAGAGUUGUAAGAGUUGAACUGGGCAUCAGAGGUUCUAAGACCUUCAACUAUAAAGUUGAGGAGAAAAAGAUUCCAGUGGAAUUGUUGACCAGUACAAGAGAGGACUUUUUUGAUUUCAUUGUUUUGGCAUUAAAAGAAUCUGUUGAAAGAGACGACAAUGAUUUUGAGCAAAUGCCUAAUUUAAGGAUGAGACUCGGGUUUGCAUUUCCUUGUCCAAUUAAACAAUUGUCUUAUUCUUCCGGCGCUCUUAUUAACUGGGCAAAAGGAUUUGCUGUUGGAGAUGUUGUCGGAGAAGAUGUUUCACAAUGUUUAGAGGAAGCCAUGGCAAGGAAUGGAUUGAACAUGAGUGUAGCUGCAUUGGCGAAUGAUCCUAUGGGAGCAUUAGCUCUUGGUCAUUAUCACGAUAAAGACACUGUAGCCGCAGUGAUAAUUGGAACUGACACCAAUGCAUGCUAUAUUGAGCGAAUGGAUGCAAUUAUUAAGUGUCAAGGUCUUCGCACAAACUCUGGAGACAUGGUUGUCAACAUGGAAUGGGGAAAUUUCUGGUCAGCACAUCUACCUAGAACCACUUACGAUAUUGCUUUGAAGGAUGAAAAUACAAGGCGAAACGACAAAAGUUUCUCAAAACUGAUUUCGGAAAUGUACUUGGGUGAAAUUGUUCGAAGAGUUCUUCAUAGAACUGCAAACGAACUGAGUAUUUUCAGAGAUUCUACUCAUCAACUAUCAGUACCAUUUACCUUAAGGACAUCUUUGAUGGUUGUCAUGCACAAGGAUAACUCUGUGGACCUACGAGAAGUCGGAAAGAUCCUUCAAGAAAGUUUCCAGAUAUCCGGUACUUGUUUGAAAGAAAGAAUGCUGGUCACGAGAGUCUGUGAUAUUGUGAUCCGAAGAGCUGCCAGAUUAGUUGCAGCAGGGAUAGUUGCUAUACUGAAGAAAAUAAGCCGAGAUGGAUACGGUAGAACAUCAAGCGGAAGCACCACCCAAGGUAGAUCAAGAAGAAAGGUCAUUGCAUUCGAGAGUGGCCUUUAUAUUCAUUAUCCGAUCUUCCGGAAAUACCUUAACGAAGCCAUAUCGGAAAUCUUGGGCGAAGAGGUUGCCCAUAAUAUAGUCCUUCGGAUUUCUGAAGAUGGAUCAGGAAUCGGCACUGCUUUGCUGGCUGCUGUGAAUUCAUCUCGAAGAUGAAUAUUGGAACUUUUAAUUCAUUUUUUUUUUUUUUUUGCUGUGCAAAUGUAAGAAAUUGUUUCAUAGUCAUAUAAAGAAGAGCUUG